GGAGUGUCGGGAUGGUGGGAAGCUUGGAGAAAGAGGGUUUUUUAGUUUCUAACACCAAGAAGGUAUAAUGUCGGAUCCUGCAUGGCAGUGGUGUACAAGGGUGAAUACCAAAGAUAGGUUAAGAGUUAAGUGCAAUUAUUGUAAGCAAAUUAUAUCAGGAGGGAUCUCUCGCUUUAAAAACCAUAUAGCUGGUACACACAGCGAUGUGGCUGCUUGCAAUGGCUCCCAAGAGAACCCAUUGCCAGCAUAUGUAAAGCACCAACAUAUGGAGCUUCUUAAUGCAGUGAAAGCAAAUAGGAUUGAAAAGGAAAUGCAAGAUGCAGAGGAAGGAUAUGGGGACCCACAUGAACAGGAAGAAAGUGAAGGUGAAGAUGUUGAGCUUGAAGAAGAACAUGUUGGUGUCAGUUUGGGAACAACUAAAGGGAAAGACAUUAUGCAUACAGGUGGUUCUUCAACUGCAACCAAAAAACGAAGAGGUGCAAGUGCAAGUACAGGUUUACGAGGACGUGGUAGGAGUGAGGGUCGUAUUGGUGUUGGUAGAAUACCUACUAUGAAGUCGAGUAAUAUGUCUGGUUUGAUCAAGAUUUUUUUUCCCACUUAUACUACUGUUGGUGCUCAGCCUGAGAUUCGUACAACCAUGUGUUCAAAAGAUAUUGUUGAAGCAACAGAUGAAACCAUAUGAAGGUGGUUCUAUGACGCAUCCAUUCCCUUCAAUGCAACAAACUCUUUUCAUUUUCAGGCUAUAGCAGAUGUGAUUGCUACUGUAGGCCGAGGGUAUAAAAUGUCCUCUUUUCAUAAAUUGCGAG